AUGAACAGUGCAGUACAGCAAGUCUUUGAAAUAUUCUCAGAUGAGAUGAAUAAUGAAUAUGUGAAGAGACAGAAUAUAUUACCAUUAUUACAGUCAUUAGGUUAUAUUAUUAAUGAACAAGAAUUAAGCACAAUAUUACCAUAUGGUAAGGAACUGUACAGCCUUACAGAUAUAAGGAGAAUGACUGAGGAUAAGGAAAUUCCGAUACUUACAGUGGAAGAUGUGACAAAGGCCUUUCAAGUAUUUGAUUCUGAUAAGGCUGGCAAAUUACCUGUAAGUAUAGUAAAAACCAUACUUCAAUCAGGCACAGAGGGAUUUACUGAGGAGGAGACAGAUGCGGCACUAUCUUUAUUAAACCCCACGCCUGAAGGCAUAAUUGAGUACACAAAGACCGGGUUAUUAAGGAAGGAUAUUUAAAAAUUUGAAAAUUAACAAACGGUUAUUUUAAUAAUAAAAAUAAUUUAAGC